GCGUUCUUGUCGGGAUGCCACUCGAGCGCCAGUGCCCGGUACGCCUUUUUUAUUUCCUUUGSCGUCGCGGUUCUGGGAAGCCCCAGGAUCUUGUAGUAGUUCUUUUCCUUGCUCUGUUUGAGCGCGACCUCCGCCUCCUUGACCUUUCGCUGGGCCUUUUGCUGCGUCUCGUUGUCGCCCCCCUCGGGUGCUGCCUGAAGAGCGUCACGGAARAUCCGCAGCGCCUCCUCGAACUUCUCGGCCUCCGUUAGGGCGUCUCCCAGUGCCCAAAAGGCCUCGGUAGACCCGUCCGUCGCGGAGAUCUCCCGUCCGAGCUGUAUGGCCUCGUCGUGUUGUUUGUUCUUGGAAUAGGCCUGUAUGACCAGAAAGGUGGUGAGCCGGUUGAAGUUUUUGUGGCCGGGCUCGAUCGCGAUUGCUCCCUUGUAGUGCUCAAUGGCCUCCUCGAAAUUUUUUGCCUCCAUGGCCGUGUCACCCUUUUUCUUCUUUUUGUCGAUUUUCUUGACGAGCCUGUGUCCCUCCUUGCACCCCUUGUGUUCCGGAUCGAGCUUGAGCCCCUCUCUAAAAUGCCGCACGGCRUGUUCGUGUUCAUUGAGCCAGAAAUAAGCCAUUCCCCUCACUCGGAACGCCUCGAGGUGUUUCGGAUAGGACUUGAGGAUCAGGCCUGUGUCGGAUAUGACGCUGUAGUAGUCGCCGGUCUCGAGCGUGGCCGUGGCCUUCUGCAGCAACAAGUCGGUGGCCUGGGUGGCGUCGACGUAUUUCAGGGCCAUCUGGAAGUAUUGGGCCGCCUCGGGGUAGUUCUGGUUCAUGAGCGCGGUCUGCGCCGUCGUAAUCACCCGGUCGCAUUCACCCGCCUGCCGCAGGAGUUCUUCGAUGUUGUCGGUCGAAGCGCUUGCGCCCUCGCCGUUGGCAUUCUGGUUCUGCAUCACCUGCUGGUAUUCGACAAAGGAGCGAUCGCACUGUCCAAGAGCCUGCAACAGCUUGGCUUUUUGCAUGCGCCAGGCGUUGUUGGAAGGCUCCAGCUCGAGGGCCUUUUCGAUGUCGGACAGGGCGCUGGAAAAUUUUCUCAUGCGGUUGUGGACGCGAAAGAGCUUGUAAAAGUUGGUCCCGUUCGAAGGUUCCACCUGGGUCGCUUUCUGGUACAGCCGCAGAGCCUCGUCAAACUGCCGCAGGCUGAAGGCUUCCUCGCCUCGGCUACGCAGCUUGCCCGCCGACCAGUUGUUGAUGUCGUCGCGGGCGUUGGKRUUGGAAGGAUUCGCCGCUAUCGUUCUCGCAGUCGAAGCGAAGUAGACGAGGGUGGCGAGGGCGCACUGCCGACCGACGUAAAGGAGAUUGACGGUCAUGGUGUUUUGCCGUUUGGUUGUUGUUCUUUGGUGUGUGUAAUGACUGGGUGCGUGCAAUGGUUGAGUGACCCUCACUGUCCGAUACCAGUCUUCCGUGCGUAAUUUCCUCGAAGAAAUGGAGAAUCAGACGAAAGAAAUAAAAUGUCGGGGAUGGCUGUGAAAAUAUGACCAGGWUUUUAGUAUCGAUGACGACGGUYUCGUUUUUCCCCUAGAAAACUACGAGAUCAAGUUCUCUUGCUUCGAACAAAAGGCACGAGUACGACUUCGUGUUCAAGGCAGAAGUCGUAGGCAAGAUAUGUUAUUUUUUGUAACGUGUCAAAUUUUUUGUGAUUCUUCGAACAUUGCGGAACCAUGCGAUUAGUACGAUCCUUUCAUUACUGUACGUACUACGUACCGUACCAUAUUCUUUUCGCUGGGACACACAGUAGUACUGGUACGAGUAGUACCGUACGUAGUACAGGAGCGAAAGGGACGGAUACUACGGUACUGUACGUACGAUACAGUACGUACAGCAAGGUACUACCGUAGGGAAAGGGUCAUUGUGAUGCGAGAUGCGACGCGAGUGUGCGAACUUUGGACCAAUUUCUACGUAAGCUUUUGCUCUGAUUGAAAUUACUCGUUCUACCUGGUACGAGUACGUACUCGGAAUCGGUGUAGCGAGUCCCGCAGUCCCUGGACUGACAUCAGCGCGCGAAAGAAAAUUGAGCGCGCAGUAACAAGAAAUGAGUGGCUGGGAGCAAUCAUACUAYUCCAGUACAGCAGCUGAGAGCAGCAACAAGAGGUGCGUCUUGAGCUCCAGCAUACAGCUGCUCCUCACUAAGACCACUAUUGCUAACUAGCAGCUGCAACGAAGACAGUAGUAGUAGAAUAAGAGCAAAAGCUAUCUAAGGGGACAGGGGCCCGCCUGUCUUACAUCGCCGGCCCCAGUCCUUCAUCUCUAGUUCCAAGUACCCCCAAUGAGUACGAACAUCUUGGGGGGAACCGGGGAGCCGCGCCCCCGGAGGUAUGAAGAGCUGUUCCUUAAUCCAGCUGCCAAUCCCUUUGGGAUCGAUACUGCAACUCGCCAAACAGCCUACGAAGGGAUCUAUCGUAAGUUCCGAGGAACAGGACCUCACCCCCCUACCGCGUCAACACUCUUAGAGGAAGUUCGUGAUCUAUUCGAAGCACAAGCUGUGGGGGGAGUGGGAAUCUUCGUCAAUGAUGCCCGAUCUGUUCCCCGGCUUCAUGUAAUACACGGAAUUAGAAAGUAUCCGGGGAGUUUACUACAUCCCUCCACGAACACCGGCAAGACCUUUGGUUACCUCAAUGAUAUAGUGUCUGGUCGAGGGGAACUUGUACAAGUCACCGCAAGUAUGUUUUCCCUUACACGAUCCGUCAGGGUCUAUACUACCAACCAACACCGGUUGCAUCUGGAGGCGCAUCCUGAUGCACAGUUUAUCGAUCCCCUCAGUGAGGACACACCACAUACUGAGGAGAUCAAAUGUAGGCACACGUUCUUCUUGCCAUUUGAAAUGAUUCCCCUGGUACUUAACAAGAAUCUAUCUCCACGACAAGCCUUCUUCAUUCUACAACCUUGGCUUGCGGGGAAGGGGCUCACCAACAGUGUAAGGCCCCUACUAGAUGCAUUACGGGUAGCCAGUACACACGUAAGCAAUGAACACAGCAACGCAGUAUGCGAGAUCGCAGCCAAUGAGCCUGGACCCUUGUUCAGGGCCGAAGCGGACCUAUCUGUUUAUAUGGACCAGAAAGUCCUUUACUGGGACCUGCCUGGAUUAGUUUCAGUCCCCUCCGUAGUGGGGCCCGAGACAGCGGCACUCACAGCUGCGGUAUCCACACUUACUGAUAACCAGUUAAAGGCCAACGAAGCGAAUGAGAGGCGACGAGCGGAAGAGUCCAAGCCGCCAACGAUGGAAGAGAUCUUCGGGGACCUCAACACAAAGCGAUUAAUGUCCCUGUGUCUCGCGGAUACCCCCGAGCAGUUACCCCCCGUAUACCAAGGUUGGUCUAAAAAGAAAAAAGGAGAGAAGCUGCACGCCCUAUUCCAGAGCUAUGUGGAUACGGCUGCAAGGGAGCUUUCUGUGCCCGCACCGUUCGUGCCCACAGCAAUCCUCAAGACCUUCCAGACCUUCCAGUUCUACGGAAUAGAUGAGUGUGAGAUAGGGGAUGGAAUCCUCCCUAUGGCCUUUGCUCCCCCUGGAGGAUCACCUACCGCUCGUAAGAAGGAGUUAGCGGAUGCACAGGAUGCGGUAGCCUACGAUACGAUAGUGUCCACAGAAGGUAACUCCAUUAGUCUUAGUGAUGCUCAGACACUCGGCAAGGCAAAAGGGUAUGUCCCCGUAGAGUGGACGGAAGCCGUCUUGCAGAUCGAAGGAUACCUCCCUGUGCUGGCCACACUCACCGGCAUGGAGCACCCUAUCGUUAGAAGUUACCUAGCCGGUCUAGAUCGCCUAAAAAGAAUCCAGUUGGGACUGAGGUAUGCUAUCAAGGAUGAAUGCGGGGACAAGCUUGCUCCUGCCAUUGUGGUGUACUACUUCCAAAUACGGAUACGGGGUUGGUUGGAAGAACAGUGGGAGAGCACAGCACCAGUAGAGGUUCCCAGUUUUAUACAUGAGUUCCGCGUAUUCAAGCUUACGAAGACCCUAAACUGGCUGCCAGUGGUAUCGGAUGUACCAGCCCUGCAGGUGCUCCGUAGGUCUAACGGCCUGAGUGCAACCAGUGGGACCAAGGGAUCGAAGAAUAACAGUGGGAACCAGCGAACCAAAGCAGGAUCUGCCAGCACCAACGCCUCGUCCCCUCCCCAGACACGUGUGGAGAACCCCCACUAUGAUAGCAGGUUAAGCGCCGCAGGAGGGGAACUGGGAACCCGCCUGAAGAGCUGGAAGAUCUCCAAAGCGAUGGGGACUAUGAAAGCAAAAGGCAAGGGACCUUGCCUUAGGAACGAUGGUAAAGAAAUGUGCCACUCCUGGCGCGCCAAAGGCUUCUGCUAUGAAAGCUGUAAGCUCAGCUAUGAUCAUACAGAGCCCCCGGAAGAUGAAGCGGAUCGAUUCUGGGAAUGGUGCCAGGAGGCCUAUGGCACCCAGCAAUGAGGAGGGGGCAAGCAGCCCACUCCAGCAGAGGCUGUUGUGCCUCCUCCCCUGCUGAAGAUACGGAGAACAGGGGAGACGGCGGAUGCAGCAGUUAGCAGCAGGAGGCCAACGAUCAGCCACAGUAAACGAGGGGAGGUGAACCUCCUCGUAGGGUCUGGUAAGAAUCCUACGGAGAGGAACUGGUCUUGCCUCCCACCACAACCAGAGCGAACGGGCUCCGCAAUGGAGAGGGGCGUUCCCCUCCCCGUAGAACUAGGUAAGACACUUACGUGUAAAAUCAAAUCGUACCAGCCCCCCCCGCAGGAGGCUGCUCAAGUUAAAGAACUUGCAAAAGGAACCCAACAGGAGAGCCGAGACUCUACUGAAGAACGGGGAACCAACCAACAUCACUUAAUCGCCGAGACGGACAAUCGUGAACCAGCACCAGGAGGUGGGGAGAUCGCUAUCUCCAAACAGGAGGCCGCGCCUCCCCAACGAAGUAGGAACCUUAAUAUGGAGAUGCUGCGAAGGAGCCCUACCAGGGCUGUGAGCGGUCCUCAGGAGCCCUACACUGCACCGGUGGGACGACCGCCAGACCGACUGGAUCAGCAUGUCCUCCUUGCGGUCGAAGCGUUCGACCGGGCAACCAGCUGGGGGGACUUUAUACGGUCUGUCCGAGGGAGGGGAGAUCUGCAUCCAGAGGUGGAUCAACUACCACACCCAGCAGCCCGCUUGCUUAAAGUGUUUCAGGAGGAAGGUACCCCGGCAGCUAUGAAGCUCCCAGAGUGGGACCGGGCCCGUAUCGAGGGCGCACUGGCUCGGGGGCCCCACAAGUCCUCCCAUAAUGGCAUUGAAUUCUUAAGGGAAGAGUAUGCGGACAUGGUGGAUAAGCAGCAGUGGACCGUACUCCCAGCUAAGAUCGUAGCCCGGAUCCCAGGGUUACGGUUGAGUCCCCUAGGACUGGUCCCACAGAGAGGCCGGCGAGACCGUAUGAUCUCUGAUUACAGCUACUUUGGGGUUAACCGCGACACCAUCCCCCUGGCUCCGGAAGAAGCUAUGCAAUUCGGAAGGACCCUGAAGCGGCUACUGCAUAAGAUCCAUCGAGCUAACGAUGUAUUUGGUCCCGUGUACAUGUCCAAAAUAGACUUGUCAGAUGGUUUUUACAGGCUUUGGGUAAAACCAGAGGACACCAUUGGCUUGGCAGUACUCUUUCCUACACGGCCAGGAGAAGACCAGUUAGUGGGGAUACCCCUCACCAACCCAAUGGGCUGGCGCUCCUCCCCGCCUAACUUCAGUGCCUGCACUGAAACAGUAGCAGAUCUUGCGAAUAACCUGUUGGGCCAAGUGGAUGGGGUUAAACGGAUGCGAGCCCGUCCACACCGGCUCGAUGCAGUAUCUGAGUCGGUGCCAGACGAGCCGGGAGGGACCUCCCCUGGGGGGGAGACCACGGCGCUUCCACAACAGUCCGUGACAACAGCUAACCCCGCAAAGAGGCCCCUGAUGUACUGGGAUAUAUAUGUGGAUGACUUUUGUGGACUGGUGCAAGGGAACCAGUGGAGAAGGAGAGCCGUCAAGAGAGCUCUCCUACACUCACUGGAUAAGGUCUUUCGGCCUUUAGAUCACCUGGACACCCCUCACCGGCAGGAACCAGCUUCACUUAAGAAGCUUAGAAAGGGGGAUGCCACUUGGGCCACCACCAAGAUUAUCUUAGGAUGGAUGCUGAAUACAGUGAAUAAAACAAUCACUUUGCCGCCUCACCGGAUAGACCGAUUACAUGAAAUACUGAACUCCAUCCAGCCGAGGCAAAAGUAUGUCCCUGUAAAGGAUUGGCACAAGCUACUGGGGGAGCUGAGGUCAAUGGCAAUCGCGCUACCAGGAUCCCUUGGACUAUUCUCCUUACUACAGGAGGCCCUGUGCCAUCAGGAAAGGAACCGAAACCGCCUAAGACUUACAGGGGCAAUUCAUGGUUGCCUCGCGGACUUUAAAUGGUUAGCCCAAGAUAUAGCCGCUAGACCUACUAGGAUAGCCGAACUCAUCCCAGACACGUGGCCGGCCACGAUAGGAGCCUGUGAUGCAGCAGGGGAUGGUAUGGGAGGAGUUCAUUUUGUCCCCUUGCCAGACGGACGGAUUCAACCCUUGCUCUGGAGAUCGCGGUUCCCAGCUUGGGUCCGAAGGGACCUGGUCUCCUUCGCCAAUCCUACUGGAUCCAUCACUAACAGUGAGCUUGAGCUAGCGGGAUCGAUAGCCCAUGUUGAUAUACUGGCUCAGGCCACAGACGUUACGGAAAGGACCGUACAUAACCUUUACGACAACACAGCGACUGUUCACUGGCAACGCAAGGGGGCAGCCACUACCACCGGACCGGUAGCCUUCCUGCUACGCUUACAGGCCUUGCACCAGAGGUUCUUUAGAUAUGUUCCGCUUCAUGAUUAUAUCCCCGGGAAGGCCAAUAUAAUGGCUGACACCUUGUCCCGAGCCUGGGACCUUAAUGACUCACAGCUACUUGCCCAUUUUAACUCCGUUUACCCACAGAACUUGCCCUGGAAAGAAUGCCAGCUGAGACGGCCCAUGCAUUCCAUGCUGAUCUCCUCACUGUCCAAGCGGCGAUGCGAUCCAGUGUCUCUCACGGCUACUCCAAAAAGAAGGAUUCCCAUUGGAAAUGCUGGCUUGACUUCUGCUUGUCUCAACAGCUUGACCCCUUUCUCCGGGCCACGGGGGAUCCAGUCCCCUACCUCCAGGUCUUUGGAGCCCGCUACCAUGAUGGACGAGCCUCCCCCAGCCGUAAACGUUCACGGGCUCAUACGGUAUCGGACGCCAUCAGGUCAGUGGGGCAGACGCUCACCAGGAUGGGGUCCCCUGACCCCAGGCUUAACCGGUUUGGCAGCCUAGACUACCGGCUUAGUGCUCAACUAAGAGCCUA